ACCGGUUGAGAGGGACGAAAGAGUUAACCAGGGGGAGGGCGCCUGCACAGGGGCGUAUAGUAUAAAACCACCUCAAGAGCGCACAACAACAACAGCGUGUGUGUGUUAGUAAUCCGCAGAUUGAUAUGGUUUGACUUUUAUUUCCUCCAGGAGGACUUCUCACAGACGCACGCCAGCCCCGCGUCUUGCUCUUGGUGGGCUCACAGUCCACAGCAGAAUGGAUGGAUACUGUUUUUAAGGCAGAACUCCCCCGUGAAGUCUUAACUGGGAAGAUACGUUUUUAACUACCUGUACUUUUUUUUCGCCUAAGGUAAUCUCGUCGAACAGCGCGUUGGAUGGUGCAUAAUGUGGACAAAACCAGAAAUGCGUAAAGCGGCUGAAGUGGAAGUGAGGAAAAGUGAAGUGUGAGGCUGAGAAUGUGGCGGGGACACCACGGGGCAACUGGGCUGCAAGUUUCCUGAGCUUGGAGAUUUGGCGAGGGCGCAACAAGAGCGGAAAGUGUUAAUGCUGCGCGCUGGAUAAGCCCUGCACUUUUCACUGCACUGGAUCAGCACAUGAACUCAUCUCAUAUUUGGCUUAGAUUCAAACUAUAUGAUCAAUCUGUUAAAGGGGAUACAUCUUAAUUUAGGACAAACCCACCGUUUAAAAAGAAAAUCCACUGGGUCCAAAUUCAACUAGGCAACAGCACUUCUUUCAAAUUAUUCGACUUCCCUCCUCCAAUCCUUUUCCCUUCAUUUUUGCAAUUCUGAUUCCCGAAGUGGCUCCGAAGUGGUGUUGCGGCUCCUCGUCCCCGGCGGAUCCGGAGAUUGGAGUCUCUGCACCGGGAGGAGGCGGAGUCGGACCUCCGGCCACACCGCAGGCUCCCAAGAGCGGCCGCGUCAAAAGGAUGGUGCGACUGGUGGCGGAACUGCUGCUGCUCCUGGGACUUCUACUCCUUACCUUGCACAUCACAGUGCUGCGGAGCAGUCCGCUGCCCCAGGGGAAUGUAACUCUGAGUCUGGACUCAGCAUUUACAGAGCAGAACAACAUAAAUGCAAAAAGCAGCUCCUCUGUCCAGCUGGCUCCUGAAGACCGGAGGUCUGGUCCAGAACACCGGCUGGCUCUGCCCUGGGCGAAAGGCAGCAACGUACACAGGGACGGACCUGGUACUUUCCUGCUAGAUCUGCACAAUUUCCCCGACCUCUCCAAAGCCGAUAUCAAUGGACAGAAUCCCAACAUACAGGUGACCAUAGAAGUGGUGGAUGGACUGGAGGGCCAUGAGCCGGAGAAAGGCCUCCGCAAGGAAAGCAAACCCAACUGGGCUUCUCCUAACUGGAGAAACUGGUGGCCUCAUACUUCUUCUUCAUCCUCCUCCUCCUCCUCCUCCUCCACCACUCAUCAAACGGAGGAUCACGAUCGCUCAUACGGGACCAACAGUGAAGACAGCAACUUCCUCAGGCCACCGCCAGACUGGGACAGAAGAGGAGGCACUGGGGGAGGGAGCAAAGCUCAAACUGAAUAUGACUAUAUGGAUGGAGAGGGGGACUGGAGUAACUGGUCAGCGUGCAGUGUGACCUGUGGAAAUGGCAACCAGAAGAGGACCAGGUCUUGCGGUUACGCCUGCACAGCCACGGAAUCCAGGACCUGUGAUAUGCCCAACUGUCCAGGUAUCGAGGAUGCCUUCAAGACUGCAGCGACUGAAGUCAGCCUGUUAGCUGGAACAGAUGAGUUCAAUGCCACAGAGCUCUUUGGUGUUGACACAGACAGCUGCGAGCGAUGGAUGAACUGCAAAAGCGACUUCUUGAAGAAGUACAUGACCAAGGUGGCAAACGACCUUCCCAGCUGCCCUUGCUCUUACCCAACUGAGGUGGCGUACAGCACGGCAGACGUACACGACGCUCCCACGCGCCGGGAUUUCCGUUGGAAAGACGCCAGCGGGCCAAAAGAGAAGCUGGAGAUCUACAAGCCCACGGCCCGUUACUGCAUUCGCUCCAUGCUGACGCUGGAGUCCACCACGCUGGCCGCACAGCACUGCUGCUACGACGACAACAUGAAGCUCAUCACUCGCGGCAAAGGGGCCGGCACACCCAACCUCAUCAGCACAGAGUUCUCAGCCGACCUGCACUAUAAGGUGGACAUCCUGCCCUGGAUCAUCUGCAAAGGGGACUGGAGCCGCUACAACCAGGCCAGGCCGCCAAACAACGGGCAGAAAUGUCCUGACAACCCCCAGGACGAGGACUACUACAAACAGUUUGAAGAAGCAAGGGAAUUCUAGCCCUCUGUAGAAUGAAAGGAGAGAAAAAAAACACACACUGCUUAAAUAUUCAGCUAAACCUCAAAAAUGGUGCUGAACCAUUUUUCAUUCUGUUUUAGGUCAAAUAACAAAUGAACUUUUAGGCUCUGAGGAACAAGACUUACUGCUCCAAGAGGAAUGAAAAUCCAACAGAGUCUGAACCCUCACUUGGUCAACGAACAUUUCUUGACUUAAACAAAAACAGGCACAAAAUGUUGCUUUGUUUUUAAUUUUUCUUUUUUUUUUUAAUAAAACAUGCCUCUGAAAUUGCGCCAGUAAUUAUAACUCUGGCAGAUUUGGUCACUAAAGGGAGAACUGACUUUGUAUUGUUAAAAGGGAAAAUUGUUAUUUUAGGAAUGUCCAUUUAGAUUGUGUCCGUGUUCGUCUCCCUAGAUUGUUUUGGUUUGUUUUGUGAAUCUGAGAGGCCUGUGAUAAUACAAUAAUGAGAUCCUCCAGGAAUGUGUCGGGGUGGGGGUGGGGGUGGGGGUGGGGGCUUGGGGACAGAGGACAGGAUAUAAAACUUAUCCCCCCCCCCCCCGUUUUGUCAAUUGCAAUAUCCAGGUUCUCAUGUAAGCUUGUGAGUAUGUUUAUUCAGCAUGCACAUUUUAAAAAUUUCUACCAGUAAUUUACCACCGUGUCCAUUGUGUCUCUGAGGCAGAUCUCCAUUGUAAAAAGCCUGCAUUAUUUUUGUAAAGUAUUUAUUAAGCUGUAGCUGCGUCUGAGUUGGGUGUCUAUGACUGUGGUUUCGGAUUCACAGACUGUAUGGCUGAAUGCUAACUUGAGAUUCCUCCCCAGCUCAAACUCCACCAUCCCUGUCUCAAGUUAGGAUUAAACCGUAAUAGACCGUAAAGAAUGUGUGAAUUCAAAUGUAUGGAAAGAUUUUUGAAAUAUAAAUCUAUAAAUAAAAUUUUAAAAAU